AUGGCCGAAUUGCAGGGGUUCCAGGAGCCGGACCCUCACUACGCGACCAAGAGCAUUCACGCCGGGUGCGAUCCGGCCGUGUGGACGUUCCGCGACGUCGCCACGCCCAUCUCGCUCUCGACCAUCUUCAAGCAGAGGGCCUGCCCCGCCUCCUCCGCUAAGCAGGAUGUGGGGGAUCUUCAUCAAUCAUCUCUCGCGGUCCCGAUGGAGGUGCUUUGUUUUGCCUCGGGAGUGGGAGCGGUAGGAGCAGUGAUUCAUCUGCUAUGUGCUGGAGAUCACUGGAUCUGCCAUGAUGACCUUUACCCAGGUGUUGUGGUGGAAUUACAAGAAAUGGCCCUUCGAAUGGGGAUUCAAUCCACAUUCCUUGAUGCCCGGGAUCCCAACAAAGUCAAGCAUGCCCUCAAAGACAAUACCAAGAUGAUUUGGGUGGAGCCAAUAACAAACCCCAUGUUGAGACUCGUGGAUAUUCAAGCCUUGGCCGAGGUGGCUCGGAGCAAGCAAGGCUGCAUGCUAGCUGUUGACAACACCUUUUUCACCUCAUACUUCAUGCCGCCGCUGGAGCUCGGUGCACAUCUGGCAGUGUAUUCAGCCACAAAGUAUGUCAAUGGACACAACGAUGUCACCAUGGGAUAUGUGGCACUCAAUGACCCCAUCAUCUAUGAACAGCUCUACAACAUCCAACAAGGUUCCAAGUCCCAAUUCUUACCCCAUUUUAUCCUGUACAAGGCUAAUGAGCUUCAUUACGAUUUAUAG